AUGCCUCUGGACCGUCCUAUCCCUGCAUUCUACUGUUGUUAUCUUCUCAGAUCAACAGUAUCUCGUGUGAGUGUCUAUGUGGGCUCAACUCCAAAUCCAGUCCGUCGGCUCAGACAACAUAAUGGUUUGGCGAAAGGAGGUGCCGUACGUACGGCCAGGACGAAGCUGAGACCUUGGGAGAUGACUUGUAUUGUUACCGGCUUCCCAAGUCAUAUUGCUGCUCUACAAUUCGAAUGGGCUUGGCAGAAUCCCCACAUCACACUACAUAUUGCAUCUGAAGAACGACUUCAGCAUGCUACCCAAAAGAAGAGAUCAGGCCAUCCUAAACGACCACGGCACUCCGUCUCGUCGCUGCUAUCCAAUCUCCAUCUUCUCCUACGCUCGCCUUCUUUCUCACGAUGGCCUCUGGAAAUCAGAUUCUUUUCCAAGACAGUCUACCAGGCCUGGGUGAGAUGGACCAAGACAGUAAAGGAUCCAAUCCAGGACACCAUUCGGAUAAUCAAAGAUUUUCCUGAAGGAGGAGGCAAGGGCUCUGACGAUGAAGACGCAGAAAAGGGGACCAGCAAUGCCAUCAUAUACCGCCGCAUGGCCAACCUACCCAUCGAUUACGAAGCUCAGAAAGGGCAUGUCGAAAAAGCUCAAGAUAUGGUAGACUUUGAACGAGAAGGAAGCUGUAAACUUUGCAAGCAAGAUCUCGAGCACUCUAGUGGUCUUUACAUCAUUUGUCCGAGCAUCGGUUGUGAGACGGUCACUCAUAUGACUUGUCUGAGUAAGCAUUUCAUCGAGAAGCAAGAUCAGGACGAGCUUGUGCCGAUAGUUGGAAAAUGUCCGGGUUGCAAUUCGGAACUUCGGUGGGUGGAUCUUGUCAGAGAGUUGAGUCUUCGGAUGAGAGGGCAGAAAGAGGUGCAGAGCCUUCUAAAGGUCAAGCGAGUUAAGAAGGGGAAAGACAAUGCGCUGUCGCAGACAAUUGUUGACUCGUCUGAUGACGCUGAGGAUGAGGAGGACGACAUCAAUGAAGAAAUGGAUACGAUGCAAGACUUCGCGUCACAAAGUGUCGCAGCACCCCUCGGCGACAGCUGGCACAUGGCCUGCGACCCCGAGGAGUCUGACGCAGAAUCUAUUGCAUCAUCCUCCUCUUAUUUGAAAACCUCAAAGAUAAACGCUGGACCCAAACAAAAGCCAAUACCGACCCUACACAAGACUAUCGAAGACAGCGAUUGGGAUGAUGCAGAAAUUUUGGAUUGA